AUGCGCUCCGCCUCCCCCGCCCCCUCCCAGUACUCCGUCACCAGCUCCAUUCGCGCCCAGUCGUAUCGCCUCGAGUUCGGCCGCGGUCUCAACAACUACUCCGACGUGUACCAGCUCCCCGCAGACGACGAGGAGCUCGAGCGCUUGGACAUGCAGCAUGUGAUGUUCAAGGUGGUCAUGGGAAAGUACCCGCCCCCUCUCGUCGAGAUCCUGUCCGAGGUCAUCCCAGGGGAGCCCAAGGCGUGUUUAGAUCUGGGUUGUGGGAGCGGCAGCUGGAUUAUGGAUGUCGCACGCGAUUUCCCCAAUUGCCAGGCCGUGGCCGUCGACCUUGUUCCCAUGCAAGCCGAAGACAUGCCUCCGAAUUGUAGGAGCGAGGUCGACGAUAUCAAUCUAGGCAUGCAGCACUUCUAUGGUGACUUUGACGUCGUCCAUACCCGGCUGGUCUCUUCAGGCGUCCGCGAUUACCGUGCCUUUAUAGACGAGAUUGCGCGAGUGCUGCGGCCCAAGGGACUCGUCGAAAUCGUGGAAUUCGACUUCCGAUGUUACGACAACGAUCAUAAGCCCAUACUGUCAAUACCAGAUGCCAUGGAACCGCCAUGGCUUCCUCGCUGGUUCAAUCUCUCCAACAUGGCAGUGCGCCAGCGUGGCGGUACCCCCGACGCGUCCAACAUGCUCUAUGCGUGGUUUCGUCAGCACCCCGCGUUUGAGGACAUCGUGUACAGAGAGGUCUGGCUGCCGACCUCGGCCUUCUAUCAGAAAGGCCACAAGGAUUUCUAUGCUGGGACGGUUAUGCAAAAGGACAUCCAGGCCUUUCUUAAGUCCGGGCGGCCGCUGUUGCUGGGAAGUGGGCUCCCGGAGGCGUAUGUCGACGAAGUGACGCAGCUCGCCCACGAUGAGGUGGAAGCGGCGCAGACUGUCACCUUUUGCCGCGUGGAGUCCGUGUAUGCGCGGAAGCGAGAGGCUUUCUGA